AUGGAGAGCCAACGAUCAGACGACAUGGACGACUCGCUUGAGAAACAGGAGGCAGGAGAGCACGAUCACGAUCAGACAACGCGCCCUGAUGACAAGGAGUCGGACGAGGGUCUUCCAGAGACGCAUAAUCAACAUGCCUCGAAAGAGCAAGAUCCAGCAUACCUUGUUGAUUUCGAAGAUAACGACCCGGAGAACCCAAUGAACUGGUCACCAUACUGCAAAGCAUUCAUCACCGUCCAGCUUGGCUUCAUGGCCCUCUGCGCAUCUCUAGCGAGUUCGAUCAUUUCGCCUGCUGAGACUGUCAUUGCAGCGAAGUUCGGUGUAAGUCAGGAAGUCACAGUCCUGACCGUGUCGCUCUUCGUUCUGGGCUUCGCAGUUGGUCCUCUCAUGUGGGCCCCAAUCUCAGAGGUGUACGGACGGAAAUGGAGUAUGCUUCCUGCGAUCACUGUGAUGGGGCUGUUUACGAUCGGAACUGCGGUUAGCAGGAAUCUGCAGAUCAUCAUAAUCACUCGAUUCUUCGCUGGAGUGUUUGGGUCUGCCCCUGUCAGCAAUGUCGGCGCGUCGCUGGGGGACAUAUACGAGCCGAAGGUACGAGGGAUUGCUAUCACAUUCUUCGCGGUCAUGACAGUAGGCGGGCCGACACUUGGUCCAGUCAUUGGCAGCGCCCUCACGAACAAUCCACACCUGGGAUGGAGAUCCAUCUUCGCCUUCUCCAUGGUUGUGCUCACUUUCUUCGCCCUCCCUGAGCUCUACAAGCCCGCACUCCUCAAACGUAAAGCGAAACGUCUACGAGCCGAGACUGGCGACAAUCGAUACUGGCACCCGCACGAGCAAGAGCGGAUACGACCGAGCAACAUGAUCACGAAAUACUUCAGUCGGCCAUUGCAGAUGCUGUUUACGGAGCCAAUGGUUGCGUGCAUAGCGUUCUACGCCUCAUUCGUAUACGGGCUGCUUUACAUGACGCUCGAAGUUUCCCCGAUCGUGUUUAGAGAAGAGAGGGGAUUUGGGCCGGUAGUUUCGACUUUGCCGUUUCUUGGGCUAUUCGUGGGGAUCUUGUCAGCUAUGGGGAUCAACUUGGCGAAUCAAGGCUUCUACGCGAAGGCUGUUGCCAAGAACAAAGAUCGAGCGGCACCAGAGGCCCGACUGCCUCCGAUGAUUAUUGGCGGCAUCUUCUUCACGGCUGGGCUGUUCUGGUUUGGGUGGACAGCUGCGCCGAAGUAUCACUGGGCUAUUCCAACCGUUGCAGCAGGUUUCAUCGGCGCCGGCUUCAACAUCAUCUUCCAGCAGUGCAUGCACUUUCUGAUAGACACCUAUGCGAUGUAUGCGGCAUCCGCCACAUCCGCGAAUACGUUCCUCCGAUCUCUGCUCGCUUGUGGGCUGCCUUUGGCUGCAGGACCGAUGUUCAGAAACAUGGGAGUCGGCCCUGCCUGCAGUGUGCUCGGCGCGCUGUCUUGUCUUGGACUACCAAUGCCGCUAAUCUUCAUGAAGUACGGGCCUCAACUGAGAAGGAUGUCGAAGUUCGCUCCCGUGCCGAAAGAUUGA